UUUACCGGAGCUUUACUGGGUUUGUACCGGACAGAGACCGACAGGUUUCGGGAUCGGAACGCGGCUGUGCUGCACUCGGACGCCGCAUGGUGCAUCGCUGCCGUGUCCGUCUGUCUGUCUGUCUGCCUGACUGUCUGUCGGUAUCUAACGUCACGGUUGCUCCUGUCGCUCCCGGUGUGGCUCCACUUUCACCUUUCCCGAACGGCGCAGGAUUUGCGGACCUCAGUGAGGACCUCUGAGCUGCCGCUGGAGUAGGGAGCCGACGUUCAGGACGUGACCGAACCAGAGGGUCGGCAGCCCCGCCGGUCCAAGGAGCCGUUUCCCGGGACAGGAGCUCCGCAGGUCGGAGGUGAUGUCAUCAUGAUGCUGCCAGUCUCACAGUUUAAAGGUCAGCCCGUUGGCAUGGUAAACACUACAACACCCUGGCUGUCUGUCAACAGUGACCCCGCCUCCCACUGGCUGUGGUUAGCCAGUUGGUCAGCAGCAACAUACCAGGCCACACCCCCUCUUGUCUUCUAUCCCCCAGCUGUGUGGAUACCUGAACACACACACCUGGUGCAGUGGGAACGUCCAGCUGUUGAAGUUGUUCCUCUCCUCCCUCCGUUCUAUUGCUCGUCAGCUCUUCAUCCUCUUCAUCCUCUCCCCAAGAUAGCUGAAAGCUGGAUAUCACCAGAGGAAGUGGGUGUGUUCCAGAGGAGAGACAAGCCCCUUCUCCUAACCAAUCGGAUCAUUCAACGGCCGGGAGGACAUGCCCUCCGGACUAGCCUACUGCUAUCUCCCUCUCGAUUCUCAGGACGCGUCAGAAGAGGCACCAUUAAGGCCAGAGACAGCGAGCCAGAAGACUUCUCCUCGCCCUCUACUUCAUCCUCCUUCUCCACCUCCUCCACCGUCCCGCUGCACCUCCUCUCCGCAUCUCCUCUCCGCCUGCUCCACUGCCCUGCUGCUACUCCAACAGCAGGUGAACCUUACUGGGAAUUGGCGGGGCUUCAAAUACAGAGAGGUAAGGAGGUGUGGCCUCUCAUUGUGACCAAUCAACGGCACAGAAGGACAUGGUCACGACCAGUCAUCAGCCUGGAUCGAAGGCUGUCUCCGUCCACACAGGGAAGAAGAAAGAUCUUCUCUCUCUUACAGCAAUGCAUCUCUGGAUCUCAGUCCUGCACUGACAGACGGCCUGUCCUGCCUGUCCAGGUGAUGAAAAAAAUUCAUCCUUCCUUCUUCUCUUCACGGUUUUCUACCAGAUUCACUCUGCUGACAGACUGCAGACACCAGAAGCGAGGGAUGAGUGGAAGUAAAGUUGCUUAUGAAGGAACCUUACUGCUGAGGACGGAAAGAACAACGGAUGACAACAAACAGUGUGUUAGUGUGUCUGCAGACAGAGCAGAGGAGAAAGACGAGGAGGAGGAGGGAAGUGAAGGCAGAAGGAAAGACAAACAUCCUGUCGCCUCCACUCCUGUCCCAGGGUCGCCAUGGUGUGUGGUGUGGACUGGGGACGACCGGGUCUUCUUCUUUAAUCCCACAAUUCACCUGUCUGUGUGGGAGAGACCAGGAGAGCUGAUUGGUCGAGACAUCAGCCGCAUCAUCGAGGACCCUCCUCACAAGAGGAAGAGGAAGAUGCCUCCUGACCACAGCUCCAGCUGUCAAUCAUCUGGUCAUCAUGGUAACAAUGAAGAUGCUGAACAUGAACACAGCUUCAAAAGGAACAGGACAGAGGAACCUGUGGCCCUCAUCCCUCAUCCGGGAGAAGUUAAGCUUCUCCCACUGGAGCUUCGCGUCACUCAUUUUAAAGAAAUGAUGCUGGAGAGAGGGGUGUCAGCAUUCUCCAGCUGGGAGAAGGAGCUCCAUAAGAUGGUGUUUGACCCUCGCUACCUGCUGCUGACCUCAGAUCAGAGGAAACAGGUGUUUGAUCAGUUUGUGAAAAGCAGACUGAAGGAUGAGUACAAAGAGAAGAAGAGUAAACUCCAUAAAGCCAGAGAAGAGUUCAAACAGCUGCUGGAGGAGGCAAAGAUCACCAGCAGAUCCACCUUUAAAGAGUUCUGCGCUCGUUACCGCAGUGAUCAGCGGUUCAACGCCCUCAGCCGGAGGAAGGAACAAGAAGUUCUGUUUCACCAUUACAUCACUUCCUUAAAGAAACGGGAUAAGGAGAAUCGAGCCAGAUUGAGGAAGAUGAGAUGACUCUGAGAAAACUUCCAGAACGAUCUAGAACCUCCAGGACCUCCCAGAAUCUGACAGAACGUUCUGUUCCACCACACAGAGUGGAUCUUGUGCUGCUGCAGCAACUGGACCAGAACCGCAGAGACCAGACUGGGACCACAGGAUCUGUGUGGUUCUGAGUUGUUGUUUGUAGUUUCAUAGAUUUUCCUGGAUGGGGGGAACCUGCAGCAUCACACUGGAUUCUGGAUAUGAGACUGUAGUUGAGUGAUAUCGUGUGGACCUGCCAAAGUGAAUCUGGUCUGACAAGAGAACUGAGCCUAGUCAAACUGGACUGAACCAGACUUGAAAAAGAGUCAGAACACAAAAUAAGAUGUCUGUCUGUCUGUCUGUCUGUCUGUCUCUCUGUCUCUCUGGUCUGUCUGGACCAAUCAGUCAGUCGUUCAAAUUUAUUUGUUUAGCACCGUUCAAGAACCAAUAACAAAUUGAUACUGAUGCACAUGAGAAAUAUAAGUCAUAAAAAUUUAAAGUAAAACCAAUAAAAUGGAUUAAGAACA